AUGAAAAGCAGGAAACGCCAAAACAAUAUGCAAAAUGAAACACGGGAGCCAGCGGUAUUGUCGUCACAGGAAACCUCGAUUUCUCGCAUUUCUCCACAAGAUCCAGAAGCAAAAUUCUACGUUGGUGUAGAUGUCGGAACAGGCUCUGCAAGGGCAUGUGUUAUCGAUCAAUCUGGUAACAUGUUGUCGCUAGCAGAAAAACCCAUAAAAAGGGAACAAUUGAUAUCCAAUUUUAUUACUCAGUCUUCAAGAGAAAUCUGGAAUGCAGUUUGCUAUUGUGUUAGAACUGUUGUUGAAGAAUCAGGAGUUGACCCUGAAAGAGUUCGUGGAAUUGGUUUUGAUGCGACUUGUUCCUUAGUAGUCGUAUCCGCUACCAAUUUUGAAGAAAUUGCAGUUGGACCGGAUUUUACCAAUAAUGACCAGAAUAUCAUAUUAUGGAUGGACCAUAGGGCGAUGAAGGAGACUGAAGAAAUCAACUCAUCUGGUGAUAAAUGUUUAAAAUAUGUGGGAGGGCAAAUGUCUGUUGAAAUGGAAAUUCCGAAGAUUAAGUGGUUGAAGAACAACUUAGAAGCUGGAAUUUUUCAGGAUUGUAAGUUUUUUGACCUUCCGGAUUACUUGACUUUCAAAGCCACGGGAAAAGAGAAUAGGUCAUUUUGUUCUGCUGUUUGUAAGCAGGGAUUUCUACCAGUGGGUGUCGAAGGUUCCGAUAUAGGCUGGUCCAAAGAAUUCUUAAAUUCAAUUGGGCUUUCAGAGCUUACGAAGAAUGAUUUUGAAAGACUGGGUGGAUCGUUAAGGGAAAAAAAAAACUUUCUGACCGCAGGUGAAUGUAUCAGCCCGUUAGAUAAAAAGGCUGCCUGUCAAUUAGGCUUGACAGAGCAUUGUGUAGUAAGUUCAGGAAUUAUUGAUGCAUAUGCAGGCUGGGUAGGGACGGUAGCCGCCAAGCCGGAAUCAGCAGUAAAAGGUCUUGCCGAGACCGAAAAUUAUAAAAAGGAUUUCAAUGGUGCAAUUGGCAGAUUGGCAGCUGUUGCCGGUACGUCUACGUGUCAUAUUUUGUUAUCAAAAAACCCUAUAUUUGUCCAUGGCGUUUGGGGGCCUUAUAGAGAUGUCCUUGCAAGAGGCUUUUGGGCGGCAGAAGGCGGCCAAAGCUGUACAGGCGUUCUUUUAGAUCAUUUAAUAACGACGCAUCCAGCUUUCACUGAGCUAUCCCAUAUGGCUAAUUUGGCAGGUGUGUCGAAAUUCGAAUAUUUAAACAAAAUACUUGAAACCUUGGUCGAGAAGCGCAAAGUAAGAUCUGUUAUUUCUUUAGCUAAGCACUUGUUUUUUUAUGGUGACUAUCACGGUAAUCGAUCACCGAUAGCAGAUCCGAAUAUGCGCGCUUGUAUUAUAGGACAAUCUAUGGAUAACUCAAUUGAAGACUUAGCGGUUAUGUAUUUGAGUGCCUGUGAAUUCAUAUCACAACAAACAAGACAAAUCAUUGAAGUAAUGCUAAAAAGUGGGCAUGAAAUAAAUGCUAUUUUCAUGUCAGGUGGACAGUGUCGAAAUAGCUUGUUGAUGAGGUUGUUGGCUGAUUGUACUGGCCUGCCGAUAGUGAUUCCUCGAUACGUUGACGCUGCAGUUGUAUUUGGUUCUGCCUUGCUUGGGGCUGCAGCAAGUGAAGAUUUUGAUUAUACCAGGGAAAAAAGAACUCUCAAAGGCCAAAAAUCUUCUCAGACAAAGACGGAACGUUUUAACGAUUCAUAUUCGUCGAUACAAAAGUUAUCAAUGGAAGAUCGAAACUCGACAAAUGGCUUUGUAUCCCCACAUAAUCUACAACUUUCAACUCCAAGUGCGCCUGCCAAAAUAAAUAACUAUUCUCUUCCGAUUUGCACACAACAACCACUUGACAAAACCUCUGAGGAAAGUAGUAAGGAUGCUUCAUUGACCGUGGGACAGGAGAGCCUAGGAGAGGGAAGAUAUAACGGGACAAGUUUUCUAUGGAAAGUUAUGCAAGAGCUAACGGGUAAUGCAAGAAUUGUCAAUCCAAAUGAGAAAACUCAUCCAGAUAGAAUUCUUUUAGACACGAAGUACCAAAUUUUUCUCGAUAUGAUUGAAACACAGAGAAAAUAUAGGCGUAUGGUAGAUAAAGUAGAAGGGUCCUUUAGUAGAUAA